CAAGUCGCUGACAACAUUCAGAAGCGCGACGCGAUCUGCAAGGGAAAGAGAGAGGCAAUGCCACCACAGGAGCAGGAUUGGAUGCAGAUGAUCCGGCUCUAUGUACAGUUAGAUCAGAGAAGUUCUUCAACAUGUAGCAACAAGACACGACUACUUACCUCGACCUCCGACCGUAUACAUUCUAUUACAACUAGAACUACUCCGUAGGUCCUCUAGGUGAGUCGGACGAUUCUCAUCAAUCUAUUACACCUGUUGAAAAUGGCAGGCGGUCACCUCAUGGCUUCCGUCUUGAAAACGGCGGUUUUCCCGUGCCUCUCUUCCUGGCCUCUGGCCGCGUUUUUCCAAGUGCUUCCGGUUUCCGGAAAUUUGCGAGGAAAAUCUGAGAUGUCGGAAAUUCCCCCCCCCCCUCGACGACGACCACGAAUCUGCACUCUCCGCCUACGGUUUCUCACCCCGACGCCGCUAACACGGCCGCACUGUACGACCUUCUCAUGAACGAGAAGGACUACGACGCGACGCAGCAAAAGAAGGUUUUGCUCGAUGCUGGGUACCCGGAGCCGCAGGUGAUGAAAUUGAUGUUGAGGCGUUUUGUUUUAACUGCUCUGCUGCUUCCUCGACGUGACCGUGAGGCAUUUUUUUGAUAAGCAUAAACAGGAUGUGUUGGUGUUGCUGCAGUGUAGUCAUUCAUUUUUUGUACACGUUUAUGUCUCAGGUGAAGCUGAUGAUGGUCAUGUUGACUGAUCCGGCGAGUGGUAGUACGUAUGAAGAACGGGCGAAGAACAUCCCACCAAAAAAAUCGAUCAUACUCAUACAGGGCCGCAAAAAGCCCAAAAAUCGCUAUUUUUUCAAUUUUUUAUUUUCAAAAAUUUUUCGCUGUGUCCGGCAGACCCGGGCAGCCGCUUCUGUUUUGGUGCUCUUAUGACGUAAAUAUUGCGCGGCCUAUCUUCUUUGGCUGCUUGGAGUAGUUUCGCUACUUCAGCAACUAAGAGGCGGCAGCAGGCCGAGUAGCUAUGAGGAGGCGGAUGCUACUCCAAUAGGGCCGUCAGACAAACCACAAAGAAGAUUGCGCAACUACUGGAGACCAAUACCAUUGCGCGGCCCUGUCCCAUUGAUUUCGUUGGCGUUAUGGCCAUGGGCCUGCAUUUCUGGGCACAUGCCGAGGAGCCCGAUACCCCGCCUUGGCCUUACUUACCACCAGCUCCUCGUCGGGAUUUUAACUGCUUUGCCCCCCCCCAGACCGGCAACGCCGUCCAAUCUGGAGAGACUGCUCGCGCACUUUCUGGCCCCAGAUGUGCUAAGGCAAAGUGGGCACAUGAUUGGCCUCGAAAAGACGGCCAUUGCAUGCGGAUCAAAAAAAUCGAUCAUAUCACUUUCGGGCGCCGGAGACCUCUUCCGGGCCGCCCCAUCAGCGGAGUCGAUUUGCUGAACUUCCACAGCUGAAUUUGGCAAGAUUUUCGCACUUUUUCGAAGUUCGAAAAAAUGCCGAUUUUCGAUAUGAUCGAUCGGCCUCAAAAAAUGGCCGUUAGCUCGGUCCCAAAAAAAUAGAUCAUACAUUUUUGCGAGUAUGAUUAAUGCCAUUUUUUCACUUUUUUCAAAUUUUCUAAAAGAAAAUGGCAGCUUUUGGCAUAUGAUCAAUUUUUUUGGGCCGCUGCUAUGGUGAAAAAUUUGCAAAUUUACAGUUUUUGAAAAAACGCCAAUCGCGGUGCUACGGCGCAGGUCAGCAAAUAUGAUCGAUUCCGGACUCAGCCCGUGCUAAAAAAAAUUGAUCAUACCGCAAAAGCUGUCAGUUUUUGCCGAUUUUGCCACGUUUUGUUGGCCGUUUUUCCACGUUCUCCGCACUGAAAAUUGCUGUUUGAGAUGGCCUUUUUUGGUCCCGUCCCUGGUCGAUCGCUCUGGCGGCGAUCCUGUGGAGGCGUGCCAGAGGAUGCCACCGGAGGUCUGCCCAAGAACCCCAGAACGCCUCAAAAUAGAAGGCCCAGCCCUUAGGCUUUUGCGCGGCCCCCAGCACAACCCAUGCAUGUUUGUCGCAGCACCGUCUCAGCGGGGCUAGAGCUGGCAUCCUGAAGGCCAUUCCUUUCCUCCUGGGCCGAGCAUGUGCCAGGCUGCGUGGAUCCUUUGCCUCCAUCCAUGUGACAGGCUUGGGAGCGGGAGUUAUGAGAGACAAGCGCCCGACGGCGGGGCCGGUAGGUGUGGAGGGGCUUGGACCGGUAAGAGGGGGCCGGCAAGAGGCCGAAGAGCAGAGCCAGGACAAUUGUCGCGGGCGACAUAUCCGCGCCAGUCGCCUCCUCGUAGCUAGUUGAACUACUACAGGCAGCCAGUCCAGAGCUCAGCAACGUUGCCGCCCAAGCAGAAUGCUCCAGGCCUUACCUCCAAGCCAUGCAAAUUUUCCGCCGAAAAAGAAAAAUCGCUGCCGAAAUACAGGAUUUUUGUUAAAAAAGCGCAGGUUUUUUUCAAAAAAGUAGCAUUUUUUGUGUCUUGAAUUCGGCCAAAUAUGAGUAUGAUCGAUUUUUUUAGUGCGAUAGCUCGCGGCAGCCCACAAGCGCGGUCUUUUUGCGGAUUUUGUCGCAUUGGACCAGGACAAAAGCGGGGAGUUGACCGCGAACGAGUGUCCGGCUUUAGCCGCCCGCACCGGGGGAGGAGGACAGAAGGUCGACAUUACAGCUGCCGCUACCUUUAUUUGGGCGCCGAAGCGAGGACGAGGCGCAGCGUCUCUGGAAAUUUUCACAACCGGCCAGACCACCGUCGAGACGCAGGAGGCAGAUUUGGCCGGCAAGCUGACGGGACAGGCUUCUCUGCUGGAGGUGCCGCUGGAUCUCUUCAACCGAAAGGUGACGGGUCAGUGGGCAACGAGACCUGGCGCCAUUUCCAGCUUGUGGAAUUUUUGUUCCAUGGAUGGUGGCGACGCGUUAUUCACGCAGCUGGAAACGCGUCACGGCGAGGCAGUCGACCAUCUGUUUGACUUGGCUCACGUGGUAAACGGGUUGAAUCGCCUGGUCGACGAGACUCAGAAAAAAUACAGCAACGAGGUUGCCGACAAAUUUGCUGUCCGGACCAUGACCCAGAUUGCGACGCAGCUCAAAUCCGCCAUGGACACGCUCCUUGCCGCCGAGAAGAAUUUAAAACUACUUGCGCAGUGAGCCCAUUCUCGCGUCGAUGCCCAGAGGCGAAUAGCGCGUGGGCUCAGCCACGAGCGUAAGACAGGCUCUUGGAGCACUGCAGCGAAGGCAGCAAGGCCAAAACACGGUAAAACGAAGAAAAGUCAGACAGUUCAACAAGAUAGAAGCUGCCCCCACCCAUUUUCUUUUUCGAUCACGAACAAGACUAAUUUUCGUCCCUUAUCACAGAGCAGCGGAACCUUUCAACUUUUGGAAAAGCAAUAGUAGAAACUCGCAAAUAAACAGAAAUAAGAAACAGAAGCUCAGCAGUUUAUUUUAUCUUUGUUCUGACCGGCUCUUAGUUGUCCUUGUCUUUCAAAUUCAAACUUUUUAAACUAAUAACGAACAAGAUUUAUUCUUCCUCUCUUUUUUUUUUAGGCCUGAGUCAAAGAUGCUUAGCCAGUUAGUCUUUUUUGUUGAAGUACUGUUAAACGCGUGUUGAGAUGAGAGAUCGACUUUCAAACGGUUCCAUGUGACCAAUCUCAACAAACAAAUGAAGAAAUGAAUGCUGAAACAUGUUGAGAAAACGAAU